CGCGGCCGCCGUGAGAGAUGGUUGGGUCCGCGCGCGCGCUCGCUCUCGCACUCGCGACACUCGCGCUUGCGACGCGCGCCCACAUACCGUCGCAUGAUAAUAUACUGCGGAUACAACUUUGGGAUGACGAGGGCCUCAGCAGAGAGCCAAUCACAACCGAAGUUCCGACAAUUACGACCACUCGGCGUGUUAUUAAACAUCGCAACGUAAAAGUUAACUUGGAUUCGCUCUACAAUGAUAUGCUGCAGGAGUACGGAGUGGAGUUUGGGAGGUUCACGAGACACAAAGUGCGGCACAAGCGGCGUCGUCCGCGGCAAAGCGGUACGGACCUGCCCUGGAGGUUCCACUCUGGGCCUUCUUUGCUAAACGUCGCGGAGUAUAGCAGCGACGUGCCUUGGGAAGUUAUCGAGGGGCAGAACAUGGUGGAGAGUGCAGUGAGUGAGAGUGGCGCACCAGUGAAUAAGUCGCGGGUUGUGUCGGAGCCGAUGACGCUGCAGCAGGUCGACAACGAGGAGCAGGAUGAAGAAGUAAAGAAGCAACUGCCAGUUGUCCCAAAAUGCUGCGCUAGCGGCCAGAACCUGACGCAUUCGAGCAUAGGAGAGAAGUGGUUGUGUUCAAGAUCCUCACUCACCUUCCAGCCCGUGUUUCAUCAAGCCAAUGAAACGCACAUCUUUAGCUACGAUAGCAACGUCUUCGAGACUAUAGUUGGAAAUCCGUGCAAAUAUGACAGGUACCGACUUAAUCCGUACAAAGAGAGCAUGGACGAGUUUUAUCUAUUAGUAAAUGGAACCCUCUUUGUACCGUACGGAUCGCCGUACUUGCUUGGGACAAAAGAUUACUGUAUGGAGACGUUUUGGAAUGAAUCCUAUCCAGCUGGACUUACGUUGCCUUUGGUAUGCUUUCAACAGGAGGAAGAUAAGAAAAGUUCAUCUACUACUCUUAUACUUUACGCUACAGGUUUAUUAAUAUCUGUGCCAUUCCUACUUGCCACGGCUUUCGUAUACAUUUUCAUCCGAGAGUUAAGGGACACACACGGCAAGGCAUUAGCUUGUCACUCUAUGUGUUUAGCUAUAGCAUUUUGCUGCUUGGCCAUCACUCAGUUGGCUGGACAUGCUUUUCCGACAGCAGUUUGUACAGUUAUAGCGUAUAUCAUCCAGUUUUCAUUUGUUUCUUGUUUCUUCUGGUUGAAUGUUAUGUGCUUCGACACUUUCCUUAACGUCAAACGAUACAUAAAUUCAUCAGUAACCCGUAGAAGUAUGCGCCGGCGAUUCGCGUGGUAUUGCGCGUACGCAAUCAUUCUCCCUCUAAUUUUGCUCGUGGUUACCAUCACUAUGCAGCUGCAUCCAGCUGUUCCUAGUACUUAUCUUAAACCCAACUUUGGUGUUAAAGCUUGCUGGUUUGAAACGGAUCAAGCAGCACUCCCGUAUUUCUAUGGCCCAGUGGCACUUAUUUUAAUAAGUAAUCUUAUAAUAUUCUUCUUCACAUCACGCGCCUUCGCUAAACAUUACGAUAAGCUAAAAGAUGUCACACCUUUAGACUUGGCGCAUUCUGACUUCAGUACAACGGAGGACUGGGUCCGAUUAGGGGAGGUGUUAGGGGCAACAAUGACCGUGCAAGAGAGGACUGCGUCGCCUGCCCGGGGCGCCCCUAUUAACUUUAACCAGAGGUUGAAGAAAUACAAGAAAUUAUUUCGUACCUGCUGCCUGCUGUCAGGAAUUAUGGGUCUCUCGUGGGUGCUGGAGGUGGUGUCCUGGGCGGCUGGUGCUGGCACUGAAGCGGUGUCCGUGUGGUCCAUGUUCGACCUCAUAAAUGCUUUGCAAGGAGUCGUCAUUUUCGCCAUAUUUGUUUUACAACAGCCUGUCCGAUCACUUGUUAAGUCUUCAAGAAUCUUCUCGACAUGUCGAAGGAGAACAGACGGAUCAGAAGUGGCUGUUGUAAGUGAAAGAAACAGCAUAGACUGUGGAACUACAGUGAACGGGAGACGUGAUUUUGUGUAGUACGUUGUAUGAUUGUUAUAAUUUUUUAUGUAAAUAACGCAACAUAAAUAGCAUCGAGCAAGUUCAAGGUGUUUCGUGUAACAAAUGCGAUGAGUUUUUUCUAAUAGUCUUGACACUAUCGUGAAGUUUUUAGAAGAAUAUUGAUUGAUGAUUAUGGAGACUGAUAAAUUUGUAAACCACUGAUAACUUAAUAUUUUUGUCGCCGUAGGAUCAUGUAUAACAUAUAAUUAAUUAUCUUCUAUCCGAUUAGUAAUUUCACGAACCACAAGAAUGUUCCGUAUUUUUAAUUUCAUAAGAGCCGAUGCAUACGGCGUAUUUUUUACGCGCAGAUGACGUGCAUUAACCAUUAACUGCCUCCGUGGUCGAAUGAUCACCAGCUGGACAGCCACGCACAGGUCUCGGGUUCGAUUCCCGGGCUCAUGAGGUUGGGUGUAAUUUGUGGUUACGUAUAUAUGCUGCCGUUCACUAACCAAAACGCAGCUAAGUGACAAAUCGUUAAAUAUCCAUUGUAAAUGGCAAAAGAUAGAGCACAAAAUACUCUUUGAAAAAUAGUUAAAAUUAGUUAACAUGUUCGACUUAUCGGAACUUAC